AAUUAUGAAUGUAUGAUUAUUCAUUUAACACAGCAGCUUCUUCCCGAAAAAUUAAUUAAUUCUUCUUUAAAACACAAUUUAUUAUUAAGGUUUGUUAUUAGAGAUUGCGCCAUAGACGGAGAGAGAGGAUCGUCGGAUGAAUGGCCGCGGCCGCCAGGCCUCCCAAGACGCCGAUAAAGUCAACACGAGUCCCAGUGAGUCUAUUUGCUGUGCAAUGUGAGGAAUGCUUCAAAUGGAGGUUAAUAAGUACCCAAGAGGAGUAUGAGGAUAUUAGAAGCAGAAUGAUAGAAGAACCUUUCACUUGCCAAAGGAAAACCGAUACUUCUUGCGAAGAUCCUCCCGAUAUUAACUAUGAUACAACUCGAACAUGGGGAAUUGAUAAACCCAACAUCCCAAAAACCCCAGAAGGUUUCACUAGACGUUUAGUGCUGAGAAAGAACUUCACUAAAUUUGAUGCUUACUAUGUUACACCCACAGGGAAGACAGUGAGAUCUCCAACAGAGAUAUUAGCUUUUGUACAAGCAAAUCCUCAAUACAAAGAUAUAGCUCUUUCAAACUUCAGUUUUGCUGUCCCAAAAAUAAUGGAAGAAACUGUUCCUGAAAGCAUCUUGAAAGAGGGUUUAAAUAGCAGCAGUGCCAAAAGAAUUAAGAAAACAAAGAAUGAAUCUGCCUAUACCGAAUGAAUAUCACUUGGGAUUUGCUCGUAGCAUUCUAGUGUUGAUCUUAACCCUUGUGAAUGAUUUGAUAUUGAGUUAAAAUGUAGAAUGAUGAUUCUCCACUAUUAUUUUUACCAUCUUCUUUUUCACUUAUGAGGAGAGUUGGGGUAUAUUGUAUCA